GGAGAGUGAAGGCCAGAGGAGGCAGCUGCUGGCCAAGGAGGGCAGGGCCAAAGCCAAGUCUGAAAGGGAGGAGCUGUCAGCCAAUGAGGGGUGAGCAGCCUGCACCCUGACCUGCACGGGAUCCCCAGGGCCGCCGUCCACACUCUCCCCCCCAGUGUCCCCGGACUGCAUGAGGAUGCUGCCGUGGCUUCUUGUCUUCUCCACUCUGGGUAUCGGUGCCUGGGGCGAUUCCUCUUGGGAUAAAACACAACUCAAGGACUUGUCAGGGAGGCUCCAGGAUCUGUUUGGCAACAUCUCCCAGCUCACUGGCAAAGACAGACUGGGUCUGUAUGAUGUCUCCACCUUGGUCUCUCGUAAGGAGUGGGGGGCAGAAGCUGUUGCCUGUAACACCUCACUGACGAUGCCGGUGGGUUUCCUCGUCACACACCACAUCCCCGGACUGGAGUGUCACGACCAGACCACCUGUAGUCAGAGGGUGCGGGAGCUGCAGGCCCAUCACGUGCACAAGAACAGCUGGUGUGACGUGGCCUACAACUUCCUGGUUGGGGACGAUGGCAGGGUGUAUGAAGGUGUCGGCUGGGGCGUGCAAGGCGUGCACACACAGGGCUACAACAACAUCUCCCUGGGUUUUGCCUUCUUUGGCACAAAGGAAGGCCACAGUCCCAGCCCUGCGGCCCUGUCAGCCAUGGAAUACCUGGUAGCCUAUGCUGUCCGGAAGGGCCACCUGUCACCCAUGUACGUUCAGCCAUUUCUUGUGAAAGGCGAGAACUGCCUGGUCCCUUUACAGAAGGGGAGUCCCAAGAAAGCUUGCCCUGACAUUGUACUUCGGUCUGCUUGGGAGGCCAGGGAGACCCAUUGCCCCAAGAUGACCCUCCCAGCUAAGUACGCCAUCAUCAUCCACACCGCGGAGAAAACCUGCAACACGUUUGAGGAAUGCCGCAGGCUCGUCCAAACCAUGCAGUCUCUCCUCAUCAAGAGAUUUGACUCAUGUGACAUUCCAUAUAACUUCCUUGUGGGCCAAGAUGGUGCCAUUUAUGAAGGGGUGGGCUGGAAUGUCCAAGGCUCCCAAAAUCCUGGCUACGAUGACAUUGCCUUGGGCAUCGCUUUCAUGGGCACCUUCUCAGGUACCCCACCCAAUGCUGCAGCACUAGAGGCAGCUCAGACCCUGAUCCAGUGUGCAGUGGACAAGGGGUACCUGACUCCUGACUACCUGCUGGUGGGACAGAGUGAUAUUGUCAACACUCUGUCUCCUGGCAAGGCUUUGUACAACAUCAUCAGCACCUGGCCCCACUUCAAACAGUGAGGGGGCACAGAUCCCUGCUCCUUUGGAGACUGCUCUGCCAACUUCCUCCACAAGCUCUAGGCCACCCUGUCCUCACAUUCCACCUUGGCUCAACACCUUGUGUCCACCCCCAGCCAGCCCUAUCAUGUCUCUUCUGUCUUAGAGGGCUGAUAUGCCCACUGAGUCUGGGCCUAGCCUUCUCCUGUCCUUACCUUUCUCUCCUCUCGGCACCCACCUCCUCAGCCUACUGGGCAUUGGGCUGAGUGAAGACCCAGAGCUGUGGGGCUCUGCAGCCCUCCCUGCCUGGGCUCUUCCACCUAUCAUUGGAAACACAGA